UUAAUUUGCAUCUUUGAUUUGGUUGACCAAAUUAAUUGUUAUAUUUGAGCAUUUACUUUUUUUUUUUUUGGUUUUAUGUUUAAUAUUUAAUGUGAUCUAUUAAGUUAUAUUACUAGUCUUUAUUUAUUGACUUCCUUCAGGUUUUUAGCCUCUAAUUAUUGAAUUUUUUAUUCAAUGGAAUUAUGUAAAUAUGAAAUGAUGACUCAGAAUAUAUUCUGCAUAUGCUUAUUUAUUUUGAUUUAAUUUCACUUGAUUCUUCAUAUUAGCUUGUAAACUAAAUUAUGGACACCUCCGAGGAACCAAUGCGUAGAGUUUUAAGGUCCCGCAGGGCUGAAACUGAGCGACCAUCUACAAGUUCACCACCUACACAAUCGAGUGGAUCAGGUGAUAAUAGGAAUUCAACAAAUGAAAUAAUGGAAGGUGAUGGUAGUAAUGAGCAGAUGGGGCCACAACCAAGAGGAGGUCCGAUUCGAAAAGGGCGUGGAAGAGCAAAAAAUGAAGCCUUGCACAAAAUUAAGGAAAACAAUUGUCCGGUUCCAGUAGAGUUUGGAGAAGGUUAUAUUAAACCUGUUGGUUUAAAUAACAAAUUAUGGACGGCUGAGGUUGGCAUUAAUACACGAGAUACCGAAGCCCUUCUAAAGUAUAAAACAUGGAGGGAUGUUCCAGAUUUUGAGAAAGAGGACUGCUAUGACCAUUUGAAGGUAAUGAUAACCAUCAUUUAAUGUUUGUUUUGUUCAAAAUAAAUCAGAGGUUACUAGUCCAAUUGGAUACAAAUUGUAGCUUACAUUAAUUUUAUAUUAUAAAGGAGGUCUUUGGAGUGGAUGCAUAUGCGAAUGACACUGAUUUUAAGCGAGUAAAUAGGGGAAUUUCCAGCGCGUUGAGGAAAUAUAGAUAUAAA